GAAAUCUGAUCAAAGGGGAAAGAAGCGAGACACAGGGCACAGCACUGCUCCACUUCGCCUUCUCCUCCAAGCCACGAACUCCGGCGACUCCCCACCACCAGCCCCCCGAGCAGCCCGCCCACUCCGACCACCGCCAUGUCGAGGCGCGGCGACUGGGUCUACGAGAACAACGGCGGGACCUGCGUGGCCAUCGCCGGCGCGGACUACUGCGUGGUCGCCGCCGACACCCGCCUCUCCGUCGGAUACAACAUCCUCACGCGCGAGCACUCCAAGAUCUGCGAGCUGGCCGAUAAAUGUGUAAUAGCAUCUUCUGGCUUCCAAGGUGACAUCAAAGCUCUACAGAAGAACUUAGCAGCCAGAGAACUGCUAUACCAGCACCAGCACAAUAAAAGGAUGAGCUGCCCAGCAAUGGCACAAUUGCUCUCCAACACCCUGUACUACAAGCGAUUCUUCCCAUACUAUGCUUUCAAUGUGCUUGGUGGGCUCGACAGUGAAGGGAAAGGAUGUGUCUACUCAUAUGACGCUGUUGGGUCCUAUGAGAGGACUGGUUACAGUGCACAGGGAUCAGGAUCUACCUUGAUCAUGCCAGUGUUGGACAACCAGCUGAAAUCACCUAGUCCACUAUUAGUCCCUGCAAGAGAUGCCGUCACCCCUUUGUCCGAAUCAGAGGCGGUCGACCUAGUUAAGGAUGUCUUUGCAUCCGCAACUGAGAGGGACAUCUACACUGGGGACAAAGUGGAGAUUGUAGUCAUCAACAAAGCUGGGACGAGGCGUGAGUACAUUGAGUUGAGGAAGGACUAAGCUUGCGCUGCUGCAGUUGCCAUUUGCUUCCCUAGAUAUAGGGAAUUAUUAUGCCCAGAGCUGCUACUUUGAUAGAAACACCCGUGCUUGCUUUGCUUCCGUGCUGUACCAGGAUCGACCCAGCUUGCUUUGUUGAACUAAUUUGUUGUUUCAUGCAUAUGAGAUGCUGAGUUAUUUGUUGGAAA